GUAGUAAUGGCGGAUAUUUUGUGGCAUUUUGUUUUACGUUAUCAGUUUCAUUCAUAUUUCAUUACAAAAUUGCCAUUAUGUUUUUAAAACGACGUGGUGAGUUAAUAUUUUGAAAAUAUUUUCAUUAUGUUUGUACGUCAGAAAAUCACUUGACGCUGUCUUAUUAGUUCGUCUUAUAAUUUCUGCAUAAUGGGAGCAAAAGAUUCAAAACCUAGUUGUAUUACAUAUGAAGAAGCAAUUAAAAGAAUUAAUGAUUCAGAAUUAAAAAGAUUAAGAGAAGCCUUUAAAAGACUGUCUCCUAUAAAUGGAGUAAUUUCUAAGCAUUCAUUUAUCAAGGAAGUUCUUGGCGAUGGAGUACCAUUAUCAAUUGCAGAUUAUAUUUAUUCAGCUUGUGGUGGUACAGCUAAAGGAAUUGGAUUUAAAGAUUUAGUUUGUGGUCUUGUUCUUUUAACACUUGGUUCAAAUGAAGAAAAAUAUAAAUUUUUAUUCAACUUGUAUGCUAAUGAAAAUGAAAAUAUCAUAAUCAGAGAAGAAUUUCAAAGACUUAUUCAAGUAUCUGAAUGUAUUUUUGUGCCUGAACAUGUUACUACUUUAUUUCUUGAACAAGAUCGAGUUAAUUAUGAUGAAUUUAGAACUUGGCUAAAACAUCAUCCUGAUGCUACUUCAUUAAGUAGAUGGAUAUUAUCUAAGCCUUGUUCUGUUUCAUUGAGUAAUGAAUUGGAAAUGCCUACAUUUUACCAAACACUUGCUGGUGUAACACAUUUGGAAGAGUCUGAUAUAAUUGAACUUGAAAAAUGUUAUUGGACUUUAAAAGGAGAAUCAUCAUCAGGAAAACUCGAUUUAAAAACACUUAUACCCUUAAUAAGUCCUCCAAUGCCAUUAAAUGUUUGCUCUGGUUUGUUUGCUGCUUUUGAUGAGAACAUGGAUGGUCAUAUUGAUUUUAAAGAAAUGGCUUGUGGGAUAUCAGCCGCAUGUAGAGGGCCUUUGACUGAACGACAAAAAUUUUGCUUUAAAGUAUUUGAUAAUGAUAAGGAUGGAUAUUUAUCUAUAGAAGAAAUUUCAAAAAUGGUUGAUGUUAUGCUUUUUAUCUGUGAUGAUAACAUAGCUACUGAAAAUAGAUCUCACUCAAAUGAAUCAGUUAAAGAACUCAUUGUGUCAGAUUUGAUAAAACGAUCUACUGAACAAGGUUUAGCAAUAGGGGAGUAUUUAAUGUGGACUGUACAUAAUUCGCUACCAAUGGACUUUUUAAAUUUAAUUUUUCAAGUGUGUCAUGUAGUAUUUGGAUUACGACCUAUAUCACGUUCUGAAGAAGGUGAAAUUGUAAAAGGUUGGUUAGAUCGAGAAGAGCGUAGAGGAUUAGCUAUUGGUCAAUUAUGGUAUUUAAUUUCUAUGGAUUGGUGGAAAAACUGGAAUGAAUAUGUGUCCAGUAAUUCUAAAAAUAGUUGUGAAUUAGCUAGUUAUUGUUCCUUUGAAAGUACUAGUUCAUUCACAAAGACCUCUACUUUUAAGCUUACAUCAAAAAAAUCUCAGUCAUCCUUAGAAAAUAGUAUUGCUCUUGACAACUCGCCAGUUGUUGUAACUGGAAUUACUCCUCUAGAUCCUAGUACUGGAGGACAUCGAAGAGUUAGAUCAAUCAGUUCAUACUCAUCACUACAAGAAUCCCCUACACAGUCUCCAAUCUUGAGUAGAAAAGCAGGGUUUUCUAAGCCUGGCCCAAUUAAUAAUUCUUGUUUGAUAUCUGUACCAACAACAAAGGUAACAUCUCUCACUGGAGAAGGAGGACAACUUAAAAGAAGUAUGCUUUUACAAGGAAGAGAUUUUCAGUUGGUCCCUAGUUCUUUAUGGAAGGCACUUGUUCAAUGGUACAGAGGUUCACCAGCUCUUCCUAGACAGGUUAUUCAAUGUACUCGAGUUUCUGAUGAUGUAGAAUUGGAACUUUAUCCUUUAACUUUAAAAUUAUUAAAGCAUUAUAAUAACUCAAGUAAUACAUCUGGGUCUAAUAAUACAAUAUCAAGAACACAAACAUCUAAUACAGGAACCUGGUCUGGUUUAGUUGGAGGAUAUGGAACUGCUGCAUUAAAUUCAACUGGGUAUAACUAUGUUUCAAACUUAGUAAAUUCAAUGCCUCGACGUUAUCUUGCAUAUACAGCAUCAUUUAGUAAGUUAGCUACUGUAAAACAUGUUUACAAUUUUCUUUGUAUAAGACUGAAAUUAAAACCAGAAGAUAUGAGACUUUGGCAUUUUCAUGAUGAGAAUAAUAUGGUUUUAAUUGAAGAUGAAGAGCAAACAUUAGAAGAUUUAGGAGUUUGUGAUGAUGACCAAAUAAUUAUUGAAAUAAGAAAUAAAGACCUUACUUGGCCUGAAGAAAUAAGUUCCAUUUCAGUUAAUUCUAGUGAUAAAUGCAAACAAUUACCAGCAGAAAAAGGAGCUACUGGUUUAAAUAAUUUGGGUAAUACUUGUUUUAUGAAUGCUGCUUUACAAUGUGUUAGCAAUACCAGACUUUUAACUCAGUAUUUUAUAACUGAUAUGCAUCUUUAUGAACUCAACCGAAAUAAUCCUUUAGGCAUGAAAGGAUGCAUAGCAAAACGUUAUGGUGACUUAAUUCAUGAAAUAUGGAGAGGAACUGCUAAGACUAUUGCACCAUUAAAAUUAAGAUGGACCAUAGGAAAGUAUGCACCACGUUUUAAUGGUUUUCAACAGCAUGAUUCUCAAGAAUUAUUAGCAUUUUUAUUAGAUGGUUUACAUGAAGAUUUGAAUAGAGUUCAUGGAAAACCAUACUCUGAAUUGACAGAUAGUGAAGGUCGUCCAGAUGUAACUGUAGCUGAAGAGGCCUGGGAAAAUCAUAUAGUUAGAAAUAAAUCUAUUGUUGUUGAUUUAUUUCAUGGCCAGCUUAAGUCUAAAGUAACAUGUAAAGAAUGUGGUCAUGAAUCUGUUAGAUUUGAUCCAUUCAAUUAUCUUUCAUUACCAUUACCAAUGGAAUCAUAUAUAUGCCUACAAGCUAUUGUUAUCAAAUUAGAUGGAACCGUUCCUGUAAAAUAUGGCUUAAGAAUUAAUACUGAUGAUAAAUAUUUAGUAGUUAAAUCUAAACUUUCUUCAUUAAGUGGGAUACCAUUCAAUAACCUUAAACUUGUUGAGAUAAUUGGAGCCCAAAUCAAGAAUAUUAUUAGUGAUGAACAAAAAGUAAAGCCUGGAAGCUUAUUGUAUGCGUAUGAAUUACCACCUCCUACAUCUGUUGGACCCGGUUCAGAAAUGUCUGGAGAUGAAGAACGUUUGUCUAUUGGAUCAACUAGAUCCGGAACACAAAGAGAAGCAGCCCAAACAUUUACUACUAUUCAAAGAACUGUUAGACCUGGUGGUAGUAAUAUACAAUUAAAUGGAAAUCGAACUAUCAGUAUAAAUGAAGAAACAUCAUUAAAUGAAAAUAUAGAUAGUGUUGGUGGAACUCAUAUUGAUACUGAUGUAAAUUUGGAAGAAAAUAACAUUGUUAUGGCAGAUAGUGGAAACGGUAGUACUAGCAGUUUUAGUUUAACAGAUAGUGGUGAUGCUAUUCACCAAACACCAAACUAUGUCAUUGCACUGCAUAGAAAAAUGAUAAGACAAGAUGUUUAUUUUAUAUCAGCUCAUAAAAGCAAGCCCAAUAUAUUUGGUUUGCCCAUAAUAUUACCGUGCAAUGAAACUACAUCAAAUCAAGAUCUUUAUCAAGCUGUUUGGCUUCAAGUAGCUAGAUUAGUAUCACCAUUACCUCCAUCAGAAUCAACUGUGCCUAACCAUGCCAUGGACUGUGAUGAUAGCUUAGGUUAUGAAUUUCCAUUUGUUUUGAAAGCAGUAAAUAGAGAAGGAACAAUGUGUGCAUGGUGUCCAUGGUAUAGAUUUUGUCGAGGAUGUACAAUUUUAUGUUGUGAUACAGAUUAUAACUUUUCUGCCAAUCAUAUAGCAAUUGAUUGGGAUCCAACAGCUUUACAUUUACGAUAUCAAACAUCUCAAGAAUCUGAACAUGAAUGUGUUGGAGAAUCUUUAAGUUCACAUACAGAACCCAUUAGUUUAGAAUCAUGUCUAGCUGCAUUUACAAAAGAAGAACAUCUUAGCGAAGCUGAAAAAUAUUAUUGUUCAGCAUGUCAAAAACAUCAAUUAGCUUCCAAAAAACUUGAAAUUUGGAGGUUACCACCAAUUUUAAUUGUCCAUCUUAAAAGAUUCCAAUAUUUACAAGGAAAAUGGGUGAAGUCUCAUAAAGUUGUGAAAUUUCCAUUUAAAAAUUUUGAUCCAACUGAUUAUUUAGCUUCAGUUCCAAAACAUACAGUUUUAAGAAAUAGAGAACUUCGAAAUAUAUCAGAUAAAACAAAGGAUAAAUUUUUGACUAUGGACGAAGAAGAUUUAAUAUAUUCAUCAUCAACAAAUACAGAUUUUUGUAUAAAUUCUAAUGGUUCACCAACUAUAGAGGUAGAAAAAGCACACAGAAAGAGAUUGGAAUCUACAUCUCUUAUACGCACACCUAUUGAUGAUACUGCUCUACAAGAUUUUCAUCAACAUAAAUUAAUUUGUAAUUUCAAUCCAUUAGACUUGAAGUAUAAAUUAUAUGCUGUUGUGUGUCAUUCAGGAAUUCUUGGAGGAGGUCAUUAUGUAUCUUACGCAUGUAAUCCAAAUGGAAAAUGGUAUUGUUAUAAUGACAGCAGCUGUAAAGAGGUUACAAGUGAAAUGGACACUAGUGGUGCUUAUAUGUUAUUUUAUGAACGUGAAGGCCUUUGUCAGGAUCAAUAUAUGCCUAACGUAUCAGGCCGGAAUCCAGUUGAUAUUAAAGACCUAGAUCAGGAUUUUGAUUCUGAUUUAAAAAAAGUUUGUACCAUGAUGUGAUUAUUGAGCUUAUAUAUUUUAUAUUUAUAUAUAUUUUUUAUGUAAACAUUGUUAAAUUUAUUUAUAUCAAAUUUAUAGUGUAUUUAUAUGAAAAAUAUUAGUUGCCAUAACAGUUUAUUAUGUUUUAGUGAUAAAUAAUAUAAUACACUGUUAGUUAAUUUAUUGCCAUUUAAUUAACGUUACCAAUUAUAAUCCUUAAAAAUUUUGUUUGUCAAGAAAACAUUCCGUUUUAAUAGUUUUUUUUUUUUUUUUAUAAUUUAUUCAUAAAAAAAAAGAUCAAAAUUAUCAGAACAAUUAAAAUUUACUUUUAUUGCUUUUAACAUUGUGUCUUAUAUUUUCUAGUCGAUUAGUGCACCCAUUAUUGUUUUAUAAAAAACGCUUUAGUUUUAAUUAUUAUCAUGCUUUUAAACUAUGAAUUUAUAAAUUUUUGUUGUAUUAUUUAUGUUAUAUUACUGAAAUAUUAAAUUUUAAAAUUUAUUUAUUAUUUGUUAA